CUGAGAGUUUAUUUGUUCUGUUCCUGUCGCGGAAAACCCGAGUGGAGUUACCUUUCAGUUACAGGAAGUGACCCGCAGACAGCUGAUCAUUCCGAUGGUUUGGCAGGAGGAAUUCCCGAUGAUUGAAGUAUCGAUCCCCUCCAUGGAGAGGGAAGUGGAUGAGGCGGGGAAAUCCAGAAAGCUUUUCCGAGUUGAAGUGUUGUUCCACGGGAGGAAACAUUUUGUGCUCAGAAGAAGCAGCGAAUUCCAGACUCUCCACAGAAAGCUCAGGAAGAUCAUCCAGACUCCAGACCUCCCGAGCAAGAGGAACCCCCACCUGAGGACCAAGCCUCUGGAGCAGAGGAGGCAGGAGCUGGAGGACUACAUCCAGGACAUCAUCUAUCAGAACGAGGACGUGCCGCAGGUGCUGCUGGACUUCCUGCAUCUGAAACACUUCCACACCGGGAUGAAGGUCAGCAGCAUGGAAUCACUUGACGAAUUGGACAGUCAGGAUUACAGGUAAGAUUACUUUUUUAG